AUGCCCACGGGCUGUUCUGGCUCGUCACUUCUAUACGAUAAUGUGGAGUUUGAUGGUCUCUGUGGUGUCGAUUACAGCUGCAGUUCAUUCACAGUCUUUCCCACGGAGCAUGCUGGUGUAUCUUCCGCUCUCUGGGCCUACUCAUGCUUAAGCAACUGGAACUAUAAUAGUCUCUACCGUACCCUACCAACGGAAUAUGAUUCUGCAACCGUCGUUACCACGUCCACCAACGCCGCCAUAUCCCCAUCUAAUAUCGUCUCAGGAUCAGAAACCCAAGCCACAUCAUACAACACCGCCACAUCACAACCUACGGAAUCAAGUUCAGGCUCAGGCUCCGGUUCUGGGUCCGGGUCUGACUCAGGUUCAGGUUCAUCCGGUCUAUCAGGCGGCGCAAUCGCCGGCAUAGCAGUCGGUUGCGCUGCAGUCGUUCUCAUCGCCCUGCUCGUCAUCUUCCGCAAGAAGCUUCUGGCCUGCUGUGGUCGCAAUAGACCUCCCGCCAUCGACGACGGUCCAGCCUGGUCGCCUGUAUAUGUACCACCACAGACACAAUCUAUGGCACAGACGGAAAGCAGCAUCAUGCCGCCUUCUGAGAUGUCCUCGGAGCAGAAUGCAAUUCAUGAGAUUGGCACGCCGAACUACGCUUCCAGGCAACAUAACACCAUUCAUGAACUUAGUUGA